UCGCGUGACGAGACGGGCGGGUCCUAACCAACCCCGUGAUCCGGGGGCGGGGCUCUGGCGGUUGCGUGACCGGCGGCGGGGUCACGUGACGCGGCCGCAGACCUCCCAAGAUGGCGGUGUGCGUGGCGGUGAUCGCCAAGGAGAAUUACCCUCUCUACAUCCGCAGCGUCCCCACGGAGAAUGAGCUGAAGUUCCACUACAUGGUGCACACGUCCCUGGACGUGGUGGACGAGAAGAUCUCGGCCAUGGGGAAGGCCCUGGUGGACCAGAGGGAGCUCUACCUGGGCCUGCUGUACCCCACAGAGGACUACAAGGUAUACGGCUACGUGACCAACUCCAGGGUGAAGUUUGUCAUGGUGGUGGAUUCCUCCAACACGGCGCUGCGGGACAACGAGAUCCGCAGUAUGUUCCGGAAGCUGCACAGCUCCUACACAGAUGUGAUGUGCAACCCCUUCUACAACCCGGGGGACCGCAUCCAGUCCAGGGCGUUCGACAGCAUGGUGACAUCUAUGAUGAUCCAGGUGUGCUGAGCGAGCACUCUGCUGCGCGUCAUCUGGGAGAGAAGACUUCUGUACAUAAUUGGAGUGUCUAGUCAUGUAUUUAUUAUCCUCUGCCUUUUCCCGAGUGUCCUGCACGUGCUGCCGGAGACGAGGCCUCAAGCACAACACCUGUCGACUAAAGGUCCUGUGAGAUCA